CGGGCGGGAGGCGGCGGGGCUGGAGCGCGGCGCAGCGGGCAUCGGGGGGGUCCCGCCGCCGCCGCUCCCCCCAAGCCCGGAGCCGGCCCUCGCCUCGCCGAGAUGCCCGCGAUGGUCCUGCUGCUCUGCCUGGCCCUAGGGCCGGCGCUGCGCUCCGCCAGGUGUGAGAGCACAGAGGAGUAUGAUUACGAUUACCUCAGCAUCAAUAAAACCUGGGUCCUCACCCCCAAAGCACAGGAGACAGAUGCCACGCAGAUCCUCAACUCGCUGCUGAAGAACUAUGACAACAAGCUGAGGCCUGACAUUGGCAUCAAGCCCACGUUUAUUGAUGUGGAUAUCUACGUGAACAGCAUCGGGCCUGUGUCUGUCAUCCAAAUGGAAUACACCAUUGAUAUCUUCUUUGCUCAGACAUGGUACGACCGGCGUCUUCGUUUCAACAGCACCUUGAAGGCCCUCACACUGAACACUAACAUGGUGAGCCGCAUCUGGAUCCCAGAUACCUUUUUUAGGAACUCCAAGCGGGCUGAUUCCCACUGGAUAACCACUCCGAAUCAGCUCCUCCGCAUUUGGAAUGAUGGAAAAGUGCUCUACACACUCAGGCUGACGAUCGAGGCUGAAUGUCUGCUCCAGCUGCAGAAUUUCCCAAUGGACACUCACUCCUGCCCUUUGGUUUUUUCUAGUUAUGGCUACCCACGUGAGGAGAUUGUCUACCGAUGGAGACGCUAUUCCAUCGAGGUCUCCGACCAGCGCACCUGGAGGCUCUACCAAUUUGACUUCACAGGGCUGAGGAACACCUCAGAAGUUCUCAGGACUGGAGCAGGGGAGUACAUGGUGAUGACAGUUUCUUUUGACUUAAGUAGACGUAUGGGUUAUUUUGCCAUUCAGACCUAUAUUCCCUGCAUCCUGACUGUUGUUCUCUCCUGGGUUUCCUUCUGGAUCAAGAGAGACUCUACACCAGCCAGGACAUCUCUGGGUAUCACCACUGUGCUAACAAUGACCACGUUGAGUACCAUCUCCCGCAAGCACCUUCCCCGUGUUUCCUAUAUCACAGCCAUGGACCUCUUUGUGUCUGUGUGCUUCAUCUUCGUCUUCGCAGCUCUCAUGGAGUAUGCUACACUCAACUACCUGGUGGGAAACAAGAAGCCACUGGAGCACAACAGCAGGAAAGCCAGGCUGCCACCUGCUGGUGCACAGGUGAUGCCAUCCUUUACUGCUAUCAACAUCAACAUCAACAACAUCAUGCACUGGCCUCCAGAGAUAGAGGAGGAUGAAGAUGAUGACCCUGGCUCUCCGUGCCUGGAAGGAAAGGAAUGUGAGAGGUUCUUCUGCUGCAUUGAGGACUGUCAGACAGGGAUGUGGCGGGAGGGGAGGGUCCGCAUUCACAUCUCCCGCCUGGACUCCUACUCCCGUGUUUUCUUCCCCACUGCCUUCCUGCUUUUCAAUAUCGUCUACUGGAUUGCCUAUCUCUAUCUCUAGCCAUUCUUCAUCCUCAGCUGGAAUGGACUGGAGGCCAAAAAGACGAACUUUUCAAGGAGCAUAGAGAGAACAGUGUGUCUUCUGUUUAGUUGAUUGUUGCUCUGAACAUUCCAACCUGGUGAAUUCCUUCUUCCCACUCUCUCAUCUCUUCUAAGAAGAACCAGACAGCUUUUUUUUUUUUUUUUUAAACCUCCAAACCUAUCCUUUUAGAGAAUCUUCCCUUCCCCAAAACCCUAUCUCUAGCACCACCAGCAUUUGGCUCCUUGUAAGAUUGCCCCAAAGAUUCCUGUUCCCAUCUAAAACAUUAAGGAUUUUGUCAAGAACAAAAACCUUAAUGCUUCAUUUUUUCCAUGCAAACUUACCCUCAAACUCCAUGAGAACUGAUUGCAAAUGGAGUAUUCUGUGUAGUUACUAAGUCUGCAAAGAAAAUCAGACAGUGGUGAAAAGCACCUCACAAGUUUGGGAAGGCCCACCUGCCUUACUGGAGCAGGCUUUUCAGGGCGUGUAUUGGCAUUCAAUUUUAUGAUCAAGAUUUUGAGCAGUAAACGCAGCUUACAUUGGGCACGGCCAAAACAGAUAGAAUUAAGUCAUUAUGCUAUGAAGACCAGAAGUAGUCCCAUGAACCCACUGAGCAGUAGAUGUCUUUGGCUGGUAUCGUGAUCCAGGCCCUAUUCUAUCAUAUAGAUACGUAGUAUCUAUAUGUAGUAGACGUUCUA